AUGGACGAUACAGCUGACAGAUAUGCCGUACAGUUUGGCAGUUUAUUGGAGUUGUUUAACCUGAAACAACAUGUGACUGUUCGCACCUAUACGAGUGGUCAUAUUUUAGACCUUGUUAUCUCUAGGAAGGACGCGGAGGCUUUGAAGGUCAAUGAACUUGUUGUAAUGGAGCAGUUAAAGGGGCUGUGUCACGGCAGUCCAGUUCAUUUUGUUAAAUUUUGCCAAUUACUCUCCCUCAAUCGCUAUGGAACUUAAAAUAAGCAAAGAAAUUACAUGUAAAUGACAAAAUCAAAGAUCCGUGACAAACAAAUAUGUCUCCUGGGCAUUAUUUUUGAAAUUGCAAACAGCAGGGAUCAUUUUUGAAAAACUGUUGGGUUGAACAGUUUUCAAAAACCCUAACUUCAAUCCGUUUCAAUCUUCUUCAGUUUUGCCCAUCCGUGGCAUCUGUUGUUUCUGUUAUGUUAUUUUAACCUUCCUUUAAAGUUUUAAGCGGUUAUUUUUAGGUUUCUAUUAAUUUAACGGGCAUUUUGUAAUUUCCUAAUUUGGCUGAAUUUCGCCGUGACACAGCUCCUUUAAUUUCCGACCAUAAAGCUAUUUGCUUUCAGCUGAAUCUUCAGAAACCGCUAAAUGAACGAAAGUCUGUUGUUAGCCGCCGGCUCAGGAACUUUGAUUUUGAGGCCUUCAAUGAGAUGAUCAUCUCUUCAGGCCUGCUAGCAGAUGUCAGUGAUCUCUCCCUGGAGUUGAUGGUUGACAGGUAUAUAUGA